UUUCGGUUUUCAAUGGUCGUGAUCAACAGUGACCGUGUUCUGCAAGACGACCUGGUUGUCAUUUUUCUUUCUACUAGCAGAUCGCCAUCCUCAUGUCAGCCGGAUCAAGCACAGGCUCCUCGUAUGGUCGGCGCGUGGUUGCGCUCGGCCAGCGCCCGCGAAGGGGCGGCGGCUUCGCGGACGGGCUUACCGGCGACAACAGCGGGGCGAGUAGCGAAGUUGUCCUUGAUCCCUCCGACGCCGGGAUUGAAGCGGCUAUCCAGCGGCUGGAGCGCAAGUCGUUCAUUCGGGAUGGUCUCAUUCCGGAGAUCCAGUGCCUGCUCGCAGUUCCGGCGGGGGAGGCGAAGGCGGCGUAGAUGGCCGCGCUCGCGCAGUACUCGCUCGUCAUGAUGCUGAUCCUCGCCUCGCUGCUCGGUUCCGCGCUAAACCCGUUGACGGCCGAAGCGUAUCCGGAUUGUUCGCAGAAUCUCCUCGCGGCGUACAACAUGCUGUCGAUGAUUAUCUGCUCAGCGUCGCUGUUCGGCACCGCCGCGUUGGUACUGGAGAGCAUCAUCCUCGAGGGUACCCCGGCGCACCGCAUCCACAGCAUCAUCGCAGAGGCCGAUAACAUUUUCCAUUUUGGGACGAACAUGCUGGCCUGCGGGCUCCAGGGAACCGUGCCGCUUAUCUUGCUGCGCGCGUGGGUCAGCGGGCUGGAUCGAAUGCAGUGCAUCGUGCUAACCGCGAUCUGUGGGGCUUUCUAUUGCCUUCUGUCUCUCGUCUACUUUCGCCAUCUCCAGAACCACUGGCCGGUGGUGGCGCAGCGCUGGACGAAGCUGUUCGCGCCGUUUUUGUACAAGAGGAAGGCAAGUUCUGUUGCGGUGGACGAAUUGGUCGCGGAACUGCGGUAUCUGCAGCAGCCACGGGACAAAAUAUUGGCGCCGGCGCAGCUUGGCGCUUGUCUGGAAAGGUAUCUCGCGAGUCUUGGAGAAGGAACUGAUUCUCCUGCCGGUAGUGUCGUGGUGGAAGCAAGUAGACGAGAGGGGGGACCGCUUAUUGAUGGGGGUAACUAUGCUGGCGAGAAAGCGCUGCUGGCAGACCUGUCGGCGUUCCUGCAUUUUUUGGAAACAGAAGCAGGUGGGAGACUCUCACCCAUGAUGGAAAGACUAGCAAAAAGAACAUUUGAGAAAGUCGUGAAUGCGACAAUCGACAAGCUCGCAGAUGAGGCGAUUAAGCAACAGAAGUUGUAGUAAUGCGUUGAACUGUGGCAAUGCUGGCACUGUGUGUGCGGAGAAUCCUACUGCAGGAGGUGAUUUACACAGCAGCGGUGGC